UACAAUAUGGCCACGAAGUAACAAAUCCUUACGCUCCACCCAGCACAAUAUAUAGUAUAUGUAUUAACACUCAGUCAACAUAUACUAAACAAUAUGGGCUUGACGCAAAGUUCUGGUGUGCCAGAGGGUGGGACAGAUGGAUACCAUGUUCAUGGGAUCCAGCAGAGUUCACCAGCAGAGAAAGCUGGUUUGGAACCCUUCUUUGAUUUCAUCUUGUCAAUUGGCAACACCCGACUGAACCAAGAAAAUGAAAUGCUGAAGGACCUCCUGAAGGCCAACGUGGAGAAGCCGGUCAGGAUGGAAGUGUACAGCACCAAGUCCAUGAAGGUCCGGGAGUUGGAGGUGGUCCCCAGCAACAUGUGGGGUGGACAGGGCCUGUUGGGGGCCAGCGUCCGCUUCUGCAGCUUCCAGGGGGCGAACGAAAACGUCUGGCAUGUCCUGGACGUGGAUGCAAACUCCCCCGCAGCGUUAGCUGGCCUGCACCCUCACUCGGAUUAUAUUGUUGGGGCAGACCAAGUCUUGCAAGAUUCUGAGGACUUCUUCUCAUUGAUUGAGGCCCAUGAGGGAAAGCCUUUGAAGCUGCUUGUUUACAAUACUGAGACUGAUGCCUGUAGGGAGGUGGUGGUCACGCCCAAUGGAGCCUGGGGUGGAGAGGGCAGUCUAGGUUGUGGCAUUGGAUAUGGCUACCUGCAUCGGAUCCCUGCUCGUCCCAGCAGCCCACAGCCAACAGCCUUCCCAUCUGUGGAGGAGACCCCAGCUUCUGAGGUUCCCACAAACGGAUACACAGAGGUCCCUCUAAUGGCAGCCUCUGGCUUGUCAGACAAGUCUGAGGACCGCUGCUUUGCUGAUCAGGACACGCCAUUGCCCCCGCCUAUUCAGAGGGUCAUGGAUCCAGGGUUCUCAGAUCAGUCAGAGGUGGCCUUCAACUCAGAGGUGUCAGAUGUGGCCGAUCGCCUGGACGUGUCGGUGUCUUCCAUUGACAUGACCAACACAUCCCUGGCUGUGCGUGAGGAGAAAGACAGCGACAUAUCUGGCAUAGAGGAGCUGAGCGAUGGUGAGGAUCCAGCCCCUGAAAGCCAGACUGAUCCACAGCCCCAAGAGCUGAGCCCAGAGCCAGUCUCAGAACCAGUCCCAGAUAUCAUCUCCCUGUCGCCCAUCAAGCCAGACACAGAGGAUACUACAGCUCCCAUCAGCCCCUCCCCUGCCCCCCUUAUCCCCUCCACCCCACCUUCCAGCUUCUCCCCUCUGCCGCUGGACGCCUCCAUCCCCCCCAUCGACAUUGCAUCUCUGCUGGGCAACCCCUCUCUGUCGCCCCUUGACCCCACCGUCCCACCCAUAGACAUCUCCUCUCUCCUCAUCGACCCCGCUGUCCUGCCUCUCGAGGCCGCUGCCGUGGCCUCCGCCCCGCCUGCUCAGACUCCCUCGCUGCUUUCGGACAACGCAGCAGAUCAGCCAAUCAGUGAGCUCGGUGUGGGCGACACUCAGCUUGAAGCUGCUGGCUUGCAGGAGACGUUACCUGACCCACAGUCUUUGGGUACCACGGACGAUGAGGUUAGUGGAGAGACCAAAGAGAUGGACUCCGCUGCCCAGUAGUGUCAGCUGUCACCCAUCGCUGCCAAAUCUCCUGUGUUUACGUAAACUGCAUUACAAUCAACACUUAGCUGUCACAAGGGCUGAGAUGGAGUGACAGUAGUCAAUGAUGUUACAGAACGAUGGAUGUUAUAAAAUUAUAUAAUGUUUUUGUUUUUAAUUGUUAAAAAUGUCAUCGGAGAGCAGGUCAUAUCACAAAUUAUUAUUCAUCAUUAUAUCUUUACCAACAGUAGAAAACAGAGUGUCUCAUAGCAAUCAUAUUAUGAGACUGUAUGCAAGUCACAACUUUUUAAUUUUCUAUUAUACAAAUGGGAGGGAAAUGGUCUUUCUUUAUUGUGCUUGUUUGGAAAGUGAAUGCUUUUAAAAAAAAUAGACAUAUUUUUGGCUAAUUCAAUUGUAUGUAAUAGAUUUUAUACUUUAAAUCUUCCUGAUUAGUUACAACACUACCUUUUAACUUAUGUGUUUGUGUCCGCUAUUUCGACCUCAGUUGGAACUUUUUGCAUUGCGAAAAUGCAUCGUAGAGUUGGUUGUGAGGGAAAUUUAAGCAUUAUGUUUGUGUAAUAGCAAUAAUUUACCAAUAUUUUAAUUGUUCUAUUAGCUUAUUGUCUUCUAUUAGCAGGCUGUUAUAUCACUCUAAAAGGCAAUCACUCAAUUUUGCUGGUGUUUUUAAUGAAAAUGACUGAUGUGGAGUGGCAUAUGUUGGCCUGUGUUAAGAAUUCUUCACAAAUUAAUUAGUAGAUUUAAUUAAACCAACAUGGCUUAUUCCACUGUUGAGUACUGGUCACUGAAAUCACUUCCGGAUAAUGCAAUUGUCUUUGUCUUAGAUUUGUUUGGUUAGUUAGGCUAUAUAUGUUGUGAUCCAUGAAAGGAGUCAUUGCUUUGUCGAUGGAUUCGAAUUUCACAUUUCGUUCGCCCUAUUUCUUUAAACUGUGCUAACUCUCUCUCUUGGGAGGAAAGGCUUGUAUUAGCCUUUUACAUGCAUUCAAAACUAUGUGAAGGUGACUUCCAAUAAUCAGGCUUUUGGUCCAUGCACUUUACAAGGAUAGUUUCAUGAUGUUCAGGCAUCUGGGCUCAGAUGACUUUAGGCUUCAAGUAAUGACAAAAUAAUUAUGCAAAUAGACUGAAUUGAAGUUUCUGUAACACUUCAUUUUUUGGGGCGAAAUUAUCUCUACACACAAGAGCCAACACAGAUGUCCAAUUUAUGUUCGAGUUUUUGUGUUUUAUCUGUUAAAAAAAGCCACGCUAAAAAUGCAUAUUUUUAGAAAUAGAUUUUACUGUAUGACGAUGUGAAUGCUGUAUCGAAUUUCAAACCUCUAUCUGCGCUCUUAUACAUGGAACACAACGCCUGUGUCAUGGAUUUUGGAUAAACACAUUAUCAAGGAAACACUGGAAAUAAAAUGAAAUAUAUGAAAACAUUA